AUGGUCACGAUGGUCAUAGACAGGCAGACAAUUGUAUCAUCCUUCAACCCUACCCGGAACGCCUCCUCCCCGUCUACACCCCUCCAGGUCGGCAACGGCAACUUCGCCUUUGGAGCCGACAUCACAGGUCUGCAGACCUUCCUCCCCUGGGCCAUCCUCUCUUCGUGGGCAUGGAAGAACGACACGCUUCCUCCAGGGCGCACUCUUGAAGAAGCCGCAGCAUACACGGGCAAACAGUGGUGGAACCAUGACCGGCUUGUCACGUACAAGUUCGGCGGAGACGAUCCCGAGCUCGAGCAGUGGCUCAUCGCCAAUCCGAAUCGCGUCAACCUCGGACGCGUGGGGCUCGUCUUUUUUGGUGAGGACGGAAUGGCGGAGAACGUGACGGAGGUCGAUAUGCAAGAGAAAACCCAGGUACUCGACCUGUGGAGCGGCACGCUCACGAGCACAUUCAUCUGGAACGGUGCGAACGUCACUGUACGCACGUCCGCUGGCCAAGAUAUGUCUGUGAUUGGGGUCAGCAUCGAUUCGUCACUUUUCGAGCGAGGCCAGCUGGGCGUAUUCCUCGACUUCCCUUGGUGCGACGGCUCGCAGAAAUUCGAGGCUCCGUUCGUCGGGUACUUCAAUAUGACGGUCAUGCAUACCACCAAUCUGACCGUUCUUGGUGAAGGCGAAGGUGUCCAGGCCCAGAUUGAACACACAAUGGUGAACAACACGUUCUUCGCCUCAGUGGGUGGAGACGCCUUCAGCAUCACACGCGACAGUCCCGACGCACAUAGGUAUACACUUCGCCCUUCGGCAUUACAAUCAUCUCCCUUUUCCUUCACGGUUGGAUAUUCGUUAUCGGGAAACGACUCGCUGCCAAGCGCAGAGACAAUAUUUGCCGAUUCAGCGGACGUAUGGGAUGCUUAUUGGGAGCAAGGAGGGUUCGUGGACCUCACCAGCACACAGGACAGCAGAGCACAGGAGCUGCAGAGACGGAUCAUCCUUUCGCGGUACUUGAUGCGAGUGAACGAGGCAGGCGACUAUCCAUCGCAGGAGUCUGGGCUCGUCAACAACGGCUGGGUGCAGCAAGGCUGGCCAGCCGGAGGCGCACGGUGGGGCAAGAUGUCCUCGCCCUCGGGCUCAUCCGCGCCAGGCGAGAUCAACGAGCUUCUCAUCUGGCAGCAACCGCACCCGCUCGUGUUCGCGGAAUACUUCUACCGCGCCGCCUCCGCGUCACCCUCACCUGUGACAGCGCAGCAGCAGAUCCUGCAGGACUGGCUCCCCGUCGUGAACGCGACUGCCAACUGGAUGGCCGACUUCGCGUGGCCCAACGCGUCCACGCACGUCUACGAUCUCGGCCCGCCGAUGUACACCGUCGCGGAGGACACCGCGCCCAAUGGCACCGUAAACCCCGCAUUCGAGCUCGCGUACUGGCGCUUCGGCCUGGACCUCGCGUCAGCGUGGUUGGAGCGCCUCGGUGAGCUUGCUCCCGAGCUGUGGACCGCGGUGCAGGACGGGCUGGCAGAGUACCCGGUAGACGAGGAAGACGGGUUGUACGCGGUGUACGAAGGCAUUCCGGAUGACUUCUGGACGAAUCCGAUGUUUAUCAAUGAUCACCCGGCGACGGUGGGCAUGUACGGCUGGCUGCCCGCCGUGCAGGGCGUGAACAUCUCGCGGGUGAACGAGACGGCGCACAUGGUGUGGGAGAGCUGGAACAUCACCAAUUUGUGGGGGUGGGACUUCCCCCUCCUCGCGCUGAACGCCGCACGCUCGGGCGAAGCAUCCGACGCCGUCGACUGGCUCCUGCACCCGCUCUUCCAGUUCGACGACGCGGGCUACCCGAUCGGCGGCGUGCGCGUGCCGACGCCGUACUUCCCGGGCUCGGGCGCACUGCUGUACGCCAUCGGGCUUAUGGCUGGGGGCUGGGACGCAGACGCAUAUGGUGGGCCUGGAGGUGGGGAAGGUGCAGGGUUCCCGGAGGAUUGGGUUGUCAGGGUGGAGGGGAUUAUGAGGGCGCUGUAG